AUGAGACUCUGCAAGGACGAGAACGACGUCUCUACGAGCAAUGAAGGCUGUCGACAAGCACCGUUGGAUGAUGAGUACUCGUCACCCGAUGUACAUGGCUACGACGACGGCCCCAGGGCCAGUGAAGGCUCGGUCGAGGUCGCUCGAGCUGAUACAACCGAUGUGGACCGUGCUGGUGGGUCGAACGAUGGUUCGGACGACGAGGCCAGCGCGUCGGAUGACUCGGACAUACCCGGAGAUUCGCCGCCUAGCCGAGCGGGUUGCCUGCCCGUGAAUUCGAACAGUGGUGCUGAAUCUACCGGCCAUGGAGCGACAUACGCCUCGAUUGAGGCAUCGGAAGCCAGUGAUAAGCUGCGUGAUGGUGACAGCGUGACGAAGGACGGUUCGGAGGAUGACCGCGACGUGGUAGCAGUGGCCGAGACAACUACAUGGGAUGUCCUGCCAACAGGGAUCGCUGCUAGCGAGGUCGACUGGGGCGAACACGACCCAGGGCCUAACGACGUUCCUACUGAAGCCGGAACCUCCACCGCUGACGCCGACACUGAAUUCCAUGAUUCAGAUGUAAGUGCGAUCGAUGACCCCGAGCAGCUACUGGAGGCGACCUAUAUCUCGGUCAUGUAUGCCAUGGUUGCAGAAGGGUCUGACGAAGGUGAUGACACCCUGAACGAUGUUUCAGAGCAUGUCGCAAACAGGAUUAAUCUCACCGAGAACACGCUGGAGUAUCUACCGACACCUCGACUGAAGCCUACCACUCGGAUUUGGCCCUACAUGGAACGAGCUCGCGACGACAGACGAAAGAAGCUACUGGAGAUGAUGAUUGAACUGCCUGUGAGGGCUAUCCAGCUCGCAAAUGCCUCGGUCAGCGCCUCAGCAGAUGAAACAAAGAAGGAUGAAGCUCAAGGGAGGGUGAUCGAGGCUUCGGACGCCGAUAUUAACGUGGAAGAAGUUCGCGCCCGUGCGCCGGACCUCGGCUUGCGACGAUGUAUGGAUUUGAUUAUGAAGAGGAGAUACGAGUGGAUCUGGGACAGCUACGACCGACAUGUAAGUCUCGUUCAAGGCAGCGUGGAGCCCUCGGACGACACAGAACCGGCUACGGCAGAGUCCAGUGACGCUGAGAAGCAUGCGGCCGAGGUGCGGCGAGCGGCGGUCCGCAGCCUUGACCGGCUGCCGGACGACGUUCUGUUCGAGUUCAACACGUUGCAAAAGAUGGCAGUCGGACCAUACGACUACCGGAAUGCUCCUGGUGUGUGCGUCGCCAUGCGCCCCCAGCGACGGAAGGUACUGGAGACGCGGUCACAGGUGCCGGUACCGUAUUAUCAGCGCCAACAGGAGCGCCGGUGGAACAAGCUGGCGUCAUUAACGAGGAUCCAACUGAUGGCGAAGAGCAGCAAGAACGUCGAGCGUACCGGCCCAGAACACUGA